AUGUAUUUAUGGAAGCCAGUCAACUCAUCUAUUAGAUCGUCUUUUGACUUUACAGAGGCAGAUAAAGAUUUGCCAGAGGUUUUCGAUCCAAAUGAAAUUGUUUCCCAGUCGCCGACUUUUAAGGACCGCCUUCCUGAUUUGCCAGUGGGACCUUUGCAAAUUUCGUCCAUCUUUACAGAUCUCUCCGAUUUCAUUUCUGAUCGCCAUACGGCAGCUCCAGGUCAAAAGAAGCGAAAAUCUCUAUCACCGACUUCAAAGCGAAAGUUGCUUUUUGAUCCAGAAACAGAAUUGACUGCCGAUUACUUGUCUUCCCUUAUUAAAGAUUCCGAAGCGCUGAUUUGCCCUCAUAAAAUUUCCACCGUAAACCAUAUCCUAUAA